AUGUAUUCUUCUGAUGGAAAAAAUUUGAAUCGUAAAAUGACAAAAUAUGUAAAAAAUGGGAAAGAAUUAAUGAAGGAAGAUAUUACACAAUCACAGAAAUCACAAAUAAAAGCUUCUCGAGAAGAAUUAUCAACAGCCAGACAGAAAUCGGAAAUGCAAUUAACUUUAAAAACGGAACGCAGACCUGCAAUAAAUCAGGAACAGUUUGAUAAAAAGCAUGGUUAUCGACGGAAUCGAUUACCAAUUGUUGCUUGGCUUCCAACAUAUAAUUGGCAUGAAGAUUUAUUACGAGAUAUUAUCAAUGGCAUUAUGAUAUCAAUUAUUUAUAUUCCACAGGGUCUUGCAUAUGGUUUAAUGGUUGGUAUACCACCCAUAUAUGGUAUCUAUACAGGUAUCAUUGGACCAUUAAUCUAUGUUUUUCUUGGAACAUCACGACAUGCAUCUACCGGUGCUUUUGCAAUAAUUUCUAUGAUGGUUGGAUCGGUAAUUGAGCAAUCAUUAACUGAACCAAUGCUAAUAUAUAAUAAAACAGAUCGACUUUGUUGCUCAAAAAUCACUCAAAAACCAGAUGUAGAAAAAGCCAUUCAAUUAUCAUCAUUGAUUGCAUUUUUUGUUGGUAUAAUACAGGUUAUCUUAGGACUUUUAAAUGCUGGUUUAUUAGCUGUUUGGUUAUCUGAUCAAUUAGUGGAAGGACUAACAUCUGGUGCAGCGGUACAUGUCCUUGCUAGUCAACUUCAAACAAUGACUGGUGUUACAAAUGUACCGCACACAUCUGAAAUGUUUGGAAUUGUUCGAUUUCUAAUUUGUUUCUUCCGGAAUAUCCGUACACUUCAACUGCAUACAUUCCUUUGUACCGUUAUCUGUAUUCUGUCUCUGCUAAUAUCAAAACUGAUCAUUGAUCCGAUUGUUAAACCGUGGACGAAAACGAAAUUUCCAAUGGAAUUCCUUCUGGUAAUAUUUUCUAUUUCUUUGUGCUAUUUUGCAAACGAAACACCGCUAGAUUUACAUUUGCAAAUUGUUGGUGAUGUUGAUGCCGGAAUGCGUGCACCAUUUCUUCCGGAUUUCAACAAAACCGGACUAAUCAUUUUUUCUGCUUUUUCAAUUGCUAUUGUAUCAUUUGUCAUACAUAUUGCACUUGCAAAACUAAUUGCCAAAGAGUAUAAGUACCAGAUUAACGUAAACCAGGAAUGGCUGGCAUUGGGUACAAUGCAUAUUGUCGCAUCAUUUUUUGGUUGUUUUGCUGGUGGUUCAUCAUUAAGUAGGACAGUAACAAGUGCACGAUUGGGCACAAAAUCACAGCUAACAACAUUAGUAGUAGUAUUAAUAUUACUAAUUAUUGCAUACGGAGCUGCACCUCUAUUCAAAUAUUUACCUAAGACUAUAUUAUCAUGUAUUGUUGUGGUUGCUAUGAAAGAAUUAUACCUGAAAAUAUGUUGGUCACGUGUGCUUUUUCAAGAAUCAACCGUUGAUUUUUUUAUUUUUUUGGUGACAUUCACAGCAGUUGUUCUAAUAAAUGUUAAUAUUGGACUUGCAAUUGGUGUUGUUUUUGCGCUUCUUACUGUCGUCUUACGAUCACAAUGGGCAGAAAGUACAUGCAUGGGACGUAUUCCGGGGACAUCAGAUUUCAAAGGUAUUGGUCAUUAUCGUGCAGCUAUGGAAAUUUCGGGUAUUAAAGUAUUUCGAUUCGAUGCACCAUUGUAUUUUGCAAAUGCUGAAUUAUUCUUAUCAAGCAUGCAUAGCGCAACAGGCCUUGAUCCACUAAAUAUUGUAGCAAAACUUAAGCAAACAGUUAAUCAGAAGAAAAAAGUCACAGAUGAUAUUGGUAAUGAAAACGAUGAAAAUUUGAAUAGAGAUGAAGAAAUCCAGUUGACAAUACGACGACAUUGCAUUCAUCCAUCAAAGCGAAAUAUUGAAAGAAAUGAGGAAUCAGAAGAUUUAAUUCAAUUAACACACAUUAUCGUCGACUGCUCGUCAUUUCCUUACAUCGAUUUAAUGGGCGUUGAUGCAUUAGCACGAGCGCAUGCUGACUACAAAGCUAUUAAUAUUACUGUAUUUUUCGCUUGUUGUAAAGUAGCAGUACGUCAAAUGUUCGAGAAUUCACACUUUUAUGAGCAUGUGCCGAAAAGUUACAUGUUUGUAUCAUUGCAAGAUGCUGUUGCACAAGCACAAUAUGAACAACAACAAGAUAUUCGUUUUGGUGGUAGUGUUGAAAGAAUUCCAAGCAAAAUUAUGGUUUGUUUGUUUUUAUUCUUAUAA